GCCACGCGUGCGCUCGCAGAAUGACGCGGCACGGCCGGGCUCUCCGUCCCUCGGGUCUGCGCGAGAAAAUGGACCUUCUCUCAAUAAAGCGCUUCGUUUGUGACCUUAAAUCAGUGACCGCAUUCUAGCGAAUGGCAAUAAGCGUCCAAAUAAAAUGCCAGCGGGAUCGAAUGCGCAAGCCAGUGGGAUACCGAUGUCCGAUGCAGUGGGAUCAUUCAAAAGAAGGAAGAGGAAGUCCAUCGUAGUGUCUGCAAUGCUGCUCACGGUGUCUGUGCUCAUCCUUGUCUUCGGUCUGGCUGCUACUACAAAAACACAGAACAUCACGGUUGGUGGUUACUAUCCUGGAGUCAUUCUUGGUUUCGGCUCCUUUCUCGGAAUUAUUGGAGCCCAUUUAACAGAGAAUAAGAGGCAGAUGCUGGUGGCGUCCAUUGUCUUCAUCAGCUUUGGAGUGGUCGCUGCAUUCUGCUGUGCCAUUGUGGAUGGUGUUUUUGCAGCCAGGCACAUAGACCUCGGACCUCUUUACGCUGGUCGAUGUGAAUACUAUUCCAGCGUGACCUCCUUUGACCUCGAUGUCCACUGCCAGACUGCGUCACGCAUGUCCUGCAAUCUGCGUGUGAAGAGUAACACCUGCUACUGCUGUGACCUCUAUAACUGUGGCAAAGAACAUCCUCUUUUGGGACUUCAGAGUAAAGAUGUUCUGAAAAAAUUUAGGAAAUCAUCCAUGAUUUGGAAUCGUGUUGAUCUCAGAGGAGGUUACCACGAGUACACAGAAGUUCGGAGUUGCCAAGAUGUUGUGCACCUCUACCAUCUGCUGUGGUCUGCUACCAUCCUCAACAUUAUUGCCCUUUUUCUGGGCAUCGUCACAGCAGCAGUGCUUGGGGGUUUCAAGGACAUGAUGCCAACAGCAGCCCCUGACACAUGUGAGCCGGUCCCUCUGGUUGCCCCCAGACCUCCAGACAGUCUUGCCCCACCUGCCUCCAACUACUUCUACAACCCCGCCCCCAGCUUACCACCCUACACGACCUACGACCUACAGGGAUCCAACAUAUUCCAUGACUCUUCUGGUCUAUCUGACGAAUCCCAGUCUGGAGCUAGUCAUACGUGGCCCACUAUGAUCCCCCCCCGCUACUCUCCACCUUACUACACACCUGACGACAAACCUCCACCAUACAGUCCUUAGCCGACCAGACCAGGAGGCAUUGCAGGAAUGGUCCUGAGCACUUUGGAUCACCCAUUGUGGUGUGUGAUGCACGAGUGCUUUUGGAAAGCUUCUGAACAGACAGCCUCGGGGUGAUGGCCUCUGUUGAAGGGAAGGAGACCAGAGACUAUGCAGACAGAGGCAUUCAUCCCUACGGUGCAGACGUGAGCCGUCACAUCCACAGGCCAUGAGAUCUGUGCAGUUAUCUGGGACUUAAAUACACUGUGGGACUUCUCUGCACCUUGCAAGAACUAACAUCCAGACAGUUUACAGACAGGGUGAGUUGCCUGGCUCGUAUCCUCUUCUACACUGCGUAGGUCUAUAGGCUUCCUGCUAGGAGACAGUUACUCGGUCACCCUGCACCUGCUGCACAAGGUCUUAAGGACACUCCCAAAGUGGCCAAGAGUGUCCUGUUUCUCUUCACCUCACUGAGGAUGUUUUCUUUGUCUUUUCUUAUUGUUGAUUUGCACUUUAUCUUCUCUGAAUAUAACUGUAUCGAGAUCAAACUAGGUUGAGUUCGGUUUGAGCAGCUAGAAAUAACAGCCCAAAAGUAUUUCCAAAGUUCUGUCUAAACAGGAUGAAAUUUCUAGUAUGUGGUGGGGUUUCUCAUUUCAUUGUGUAAAGACAAAGUCACAAUCUUCACACUUAAAGGAAUAUUCAAGUAUGUUUGAGACUAAUCUCUACCACAUCUGAAUCACAUGGUUGAUUACCGCAGACAGUAACUUUAACAGUACUUAGUCCAGACUUAGAAAAGAAAGCAAGCCCUGUUAACUCAAAGUGCACUUAGAAAUAUAUAAAGCACUCAUUAUUUUUCAGGUAAAGGUAUUUGUAAUGUCAGCUGUAUAUAUGUAACAAUUGGUUUUUCUUUUCCUGAGGGAAGAAUUUGUGGCAAUGUCAUCCAGCUCAAAGAGAACAGUUUCACCUGAUCACACAUGGCUACCAGAAACCCUCUGGGAAUGGGUAGGUAACCAGAAUGGCGGUUUACCAUUUUCCCCCAGGGUUGGAAAGGUGGUUAAAACUACAUUAAAAAGCUUUGAUAUUUAAAACAGUUACUGAAAAGGUCUAAGAUGUAGAUGUGAACUUACCUGACAUAGUCACAAUGUUUAUUGACAAAAUUCUAGAACUUCCCUUAGGGAUCCAUAAUAAAUACAUUUCAGGUUAGCAUUUUCUUCCAACUAUAGAAAAAUGUGAUGAAACUAUUGACCACAGAAAUAAAAAAAGAACAGACUACAGAUGAGGUAGCUAUAGGCUUAAAAAACCACCAAGUCUAAAAAAAAAGAUCUGUGAUGUAAAUAUCCUUUUCCUGAUUUGUGAAUAAUUAAAAGUGCUAUGUUAAUGUUUACAGGAAAGAAGGAAAAUGAUUUAAACUUGAACAUGUUACCUAUGGUAUAUGCAUUGUACAGAUCCAUUUCAGCUUGGGAAUUGAUUUAUUAAAGAGUGGGAGGUGAAGUGUUCAGAAACCUUCACUAUGAAUAUAAUGCCCAGCCUCAACGAAAGGUCAUUAGGCCCAUUCAUUUUUUAAAUACACGGUCUCCACAUUGUUACUACAGAAUCAGUAACACACACACA